AUGAGAGAUAUCUAUUCUGAAACUGAAGUCUACCACACUUUGGAUGUAGUGGGAAAGGGUACCUUCGGAAAAGUGUCAAAAUGCUGGAGAGGGAGUGACGGAGAAUUAGUGGCGGUAAAAAUGAUGAAAAUGGAUGUUCACAGAAAUCGAGUGAUAAAAAAUGAAUUAAAACUUUUAAGUGCUCUUUCCCGGAAUAAUUUGAAGACAAGCCACAUAGUUCAAUUUCACGAGGCCUUCCGUGACCAAACGAAUCAUUACCUGGUUUUUGAACUAUUGGAGAAGAACCUGUAUCAGCUUCAGAAAGAGAAUGGUUUCAAGCCGAUGGCGGUCCGCAACAUCAGGACCAUCACGUGUCAGAUGAUAAAAGCACUAGCCAAACUGAAGGAACUCGCCAUCAUUCAUGCUGAUCUGAAACCGGAAAAUAUAAUGAUCGUGGAUCAUUGUCGCCAUCCUUUCAGCGUAAAGUUGAUUGAUUUUGGUUCUGCAAGUAUUUUCAGUGAAGUGCAUUUUGUUAAGGAGCCAUACAUCCAAUCCAGGUUCUAUAGGUCUCCUGAAAUCCUCCUGGGCCUUCCAUUCUGUGAGAAAGUGGACAUGUGGUCUCUGGGUUGUGUGAUGUCAGAGUUGUUCCUUGGAUGGCCUCUGUAUCCCGGCGAUUCAGAAUUCGAUCAAGUGAGGUACAUCUGCGAGACGCAAGGAUUACCGCAAGCCCAUCUGCUCAACAUGGCCAGCAAGGUUCACAAUUUCUUCAAGCUCACCACCAACAGUCGAGGUGAGAAUAAAUGGCAGCUCAAGCCCAACAAGAGGCGUCUCCCCUCAGGCACAGAAGGCCGUAGCCUCGGGAAGCAGCAGGGGUCAACGGAUCGGAGGAAGUACAUCCUCUCCUCCCUGGACCAGCUGGAGACCAUGGAGUUCACGGAGCACGACACAGAGCUCCGCAACGAAGAUGUGGCAGCAGAAAUUGAGGACCGCCGGAGCAUGGUGCAGCUCCUCAAGCGGAUGUUAACCUUGGACUCCCACCAGAGGAUCCUACCCAAUGCAGCCUUACACCAUCCUUUCAUCAACAUGCACCACUUACGCAUGUACCCAGACUACAACCGCUACUAUGAGCAGUCCGCUCAGGCUCUCCGUGAAGCCCUGAUUCAGGAUACAGCUCCAGAGGGAGACAGCUGUCGGUCUCACCAUCUGAAUGCAGAGAGGGGCCAGCGGUUCCUGUACCCCAGGGAGGAGGCCCACCAGUCAUGUCCACGGGUUCAAAAUCACCAUGACCACCGGGAGGGCUAUCCACCAUCCUCAGAGGGUUUACAAGGUAACAAUGGGGUUCUCUCCCAGCAGACCCCAGUCCCCAGUGUGCCUCAGUCCCCCACAGCACUGAUUGAAGACCUGAUGGAGAGUUUGUGCAUUGUGGAUGAGGCCAGCCUGGAGACCACCAUGGGGGUAUGGGCGGACAAGGAUGCCCAGUGUGCCUUCCAUCCGUCCAGUUCUGUGAUACCUUCAGAUCUCCAAGCUGGCCUCCAACCAAGUGAAAGCAUUGCCUUCCAGGAGACUGAGCUAGACUGUCCUCACUUAGGCUCCACCAGCAGAGAGGAACCAGAGAGUGGCUCCAUGCUGUCCUAUUUCACUAGGCUGUGUGAGAGCCAGCGCCUGAGGCAGCCAGUGGCCAGGUCCUCGCGGUCCGAUCCUACCCACAGGUUGAGCUACACCUCUGUGCCCCAGGUGGACAAAGCAGGUGAGCCCAUAGGCUUCAGUUUCUUUUCUAGGGACCCCACCACCCAACAGGACCUUGCAGGGCCCAGGGAGCAGGCAGGGGCAAAGGAGGCAGCCCGUGAUUAUGGUUUGGAGGAUAUCCAGUUUCUCAAUUUUGAACCUGAAGGCUACACCUGUCAUUGUGGCCAAUGGUGGCCGGCGUGGACCACGGACCCAGAGGUGUCCUCCUACCUGGGCUACGGCCCCCCAGCCUGCUGUAGCCAUACACAGCAGCAAUGCCUCCACUACUGA